AUGAAGUCAGUGCUGCUACAUCUCGUCCCUGUCGCGCUGCCUCCGGCCUUGGCGAACCUCGCAGGGCAGCUGGGAGGGCAGCAGAUACAGGAGAGCGACCUCUUCCUAGGCAGUGCAGCCUUCACGAAGAAUGAGUCUGAAAAUCUUGGCAUCAUCUACAAGUGGUUGGACGACAUCAUGUGGUCUCAGGCCUGGGAUUUGCCCGCCCAGAGGAAGGUGGCCUAUGCGCAGCUGAAGGAUUUGGCGGAGGUGAGCACCCUCGCCUUGCCCUCCUUGGCCUUCGGCAUCGGCCAGGCUUUGUACUCCUACUUCUGGUUCGAGGACAACGGAGGUAAGAUCGACCUGGAGGCCGCGGAUUUGUCCGUGCGCCUCCACGACCUGAGCCUGCAACACAGCGGCUGCAGCGACCUGUCCAUGGGCGUUGGGACGUUCCUCAGCAAGGUUUGCCACGAGCGGUGGCUUUUCUUGAUCAUGCUCAGCGCAGAGGUGGGAGCCGCGUUUGCGGGGCGACGAAAGGACUUGGUGCAUGCUGCCGCAUUGCUGCAGCGCGCAAACCAGCUGUUCUCCGACCUCAAAGAGUACCCGUUCUUCAGCUUUCGCGGGUGGCAGUCGCUCUACGACAUCAACACGAACUCCCACGUAUUCCCCGAGGGCUUCCGCCAGCGGCCGGUCUGGCCCACAGCUGCGGUGCCCAUCGCGGUUUGGUUGGAGGAGAACUACGAGGUCUUCCGGCAAGAUCUCGACUUGAUCCUCAACCAGAGCAGCUUCGACACGCUCUACUUUAUGGGCCACGUCUCCAUGACACAGUUUUCGGGCCGCCGGGAAUCCUGGGCGCCACUGAACCUGAUCCACAACCGGGAGUUGGCGCCUCACGCGUGCGAGGUAGCGCAGAGGAGCUGCAAGCUACUGGCAGAAAGGCCUGAAAUCGCCCGCUGCCAUGCGAGGGACGUGGGUGCAGCCUUUGCCCGACUUCAGCCCGGCAUGGGGAUCAAGCCGCAUCUUUGGAACGCACCCCCGAGGCUGGCGGUCCACCUGGGCCUCAUCACUCCUCCAGGCGCCACCAUGGCUGUGGGCUCUGAGGAGCUGCGCUGGCAGGAGGGCAAGGCCGUGGUGUUCGAUGACACAUAUAUCCACAGCGUGAAGCAUGAAGGUACUGAAGACAGAUAUCUGAUGAUUGCUUGGUUCUGCCAUCCGUGCGACACGAUGCAUGCGGAAGAACGCCCGAUUCUGAGUUCCGCAGUGGAGACGCGAACUUCUCGAGCAGGGAAGGGAGGGAAGGUGCCCGAGGUGGUCCACAGAUAUCCAGAAGUGCCGCCAAACGUUGAAGGCCCACCAGUUAGAUGCAGCGAGCUUCCUGCGAAACGGAGAAAUUAUGGAACAGGCUUUGCACUGGAUACCAUCAUGCUAUCAGUGUCUCACAUUGGGUCGAGCCCCGGUGCUGACGCAGAAGCUAGGCCCAAUUCGCAAAUUCGAGCCUUGAACCCCCGAUCAGAGUUUCCUUCAACCAGUAGCAUUUUUGGUUCUUUUCGCUCGCUACCGGUAUCACCAAAAAAUGCUAGAUUGUCCUUGUCCUACUGCUGGUUUCCACGAGUACACCGCGUGGUAGGCUUGUUCGUGCGUUCAUGCCCGCCUGUGUUUUUUACAAUCUUGUCAUAUUUGCUGAUGUCAUGCAGAAUUAGUUGA